AUGAGGCGACGACGGAGGCGGGACGGCUUUUACCCAGCGCCUGACUUCCGACACAGGGAAGCUGAGGACAUGGCAGGAGUGUUUGACAUAGACCUGGACCAGCCAGAGGAUGCAGGCUCUGAGGAUGAGCUGGAGGAGGGGGGUCAGUUAAAUGAAAGCAUGGACCAUGGGGGAGUUGGACCAUAUGAACUUGGCAUGGAACAUUGUGAGAAAUUUGAAAUCUCAGAAACUAGUGUGAACAGAGGGCCAGAAAAAAUCAGACCAGAAUGUUUUGAGCUACUUCGGGUACUUGGUAAAGGGGGCUAUGGAAAGGUUUUUCAAGUACGAAAAGUAACAGGAGCAAAUACUGGGAAGAUAUUUGCCAUGAAGGUGCUUAAAAAGGCAAUGAUAGUAAGAAAUGCUAAAGAUACAGCUCAUACAAAAGCAGAGCGGAAUAUUCUGGAGGAAGUAAAGCAUCCCUUCAUUGUGGAUUUAAUUUAUGCCUUUCAGACCGGUGGAAAACUCUACCUCAUCCUUGAGUAUCUCAGUGGAGGAGAACUAUUUAUGCAGUUAGAAAGAGAGGGGAUAUUCAUGGAAGAUACAGCUUGCUUUUACUUGGCUGAAAUCUCCAUGGCUUUGGGGCAUUUACAUCAAAAAGGGAUCAUCUACAGAGACCUGAAGCCGGAGAACAUCAUGCUUAAUCACCAAGGUCACGUGAAGCUGACAGACUUUGGACUAUGCAAAGAAUCUAUUCAUGAUGGAACAGUCACGCACACAUUUUGUGGAACAAUAGAAUACAUGGCCCCUGAAAUCUUGAUGAGAAGCGGCCACAACCGUGCUGUGGAUUGGUGGAGUUUGGGAGCAUUAAUGUAUGACAUGCUGACUGGAGCACCUCCAUUCACUGGGGAGAAUAGAAAGAAAACAAUUGACAAAAUCCUCAAAUGUAAACUUAAUUUGCCUCCCUACCUCACACAAGAAGCUCGAGAUCUGCUUAAAAAGCUGCUGAAAAGAAAUGCUGCUUCUCGUCUUGGAGCUGGCCCUGGGGAUGCUGGAGAAGUCCAAGCGCAUCCAUUUUUUAGACACAUUAACUGGGAAGAGCUUUUGGCUCGGAAGGUGGAGCCCCCCUUUAAGCCUCUGUUGGGUUUUACAUAUGUGGCUCCAUCUGUACUUGAAAGUGUGAAAGAAAAGUUUUCUUUUGAACCAAAAAUCCGAUCGCCUCGAAGAUUUAUUGGUAGCCCACGAACGCCUGUCAGCCCAGUCAAAUUCUCUCCUGGGGAUUUCUGGGGACGAGGUGCUUCAGCCAGCACAGCAAAUCCUCAGACACCUGUGGAAUACCCAAUGGAAACAAGUGGAAUAGAGCAGAUGGAUGUGACAACGAGCGGGGAAGCUUCAGCGCCACUUCCAAUCCGACAGCCCAACUCUGGGCCAUACAAAAAACAAGCUUUUCCUAUGAUCUCCAAACGGCCAGAGCACCUGCGUAUGAAUCUAUGAUGAAACAAUGCUUUUAUUAAUGCAAAUGCAAAAAGGAAACAAAUCCUGGAAGGGGAUGUGUGAGGAUCCUGCAAGAUAAAAAUGAGAAAAUGGCAGUCUCAAAGAGUCAGUGUCAUUACCUGGAAUGCUUUCGAUGGAGGAAAAAAUAAACAUGGAUUUUUAAAAAAAUCAAUCAAUGGUGCAAAAAAUAAACCCACAAAAAACUCAAACAAAAUAGUAUUGUGGAACCCACAGACACAUCAACUGACUGGUUCCUACCCUAGCAACAUCUCAGCGUUCGUAAGGAUUCUCAUGCUGAUGGCUGUAAACUGACAGUAUUAAGGGUAGGAUGUUGCUUCUGAAUCACUGGUAAAGUCUGAUGAUGUCACAUAAGGGUUAUCCUAAUAGGCAAAGUACAAGAUUGCCUGUAAUACUUGCAACUAAGGACAAAUUAGCAUGCAAGCUUUGUCAAACUUUUUCCAGCAACACAGAAUCAAAGACAAAAGAAACUUAUCGAUUGAUGUUUUACGUGCAAACAACCUGAAUCUUUUUUUUAUAUAAAUAUAUAUUUUUCAAAUAGAUUUUUGAUUCAGCUCAUUAUGAAAAACAUCCCAAACUUUAAAAUGCGAAGUUAUUGGUUGGUGUGAAGAAAGCCAGCUUCUGUUCUUCUCUUGAUGAAAUAAAAUGCAAAUGAAUCAUUGUUAACCACAGCUGUGGCUUGCUUGAGGGCUUCGGGUGGACCUGGGGUGUUUUUAUUCUUUUUUUGUUUUAUAACCUAGCUGCAAUACUUGUCUGUAAUACUAGGGGAAAAGUAUGUUUAAUCAUUUUUACUUGCAGUACUGCUGUGUGUUAGGCGUAACUGCAAGCCUGGGGACAGGCAGAAGGUGGAUAGUCUGCAUUGCAUCCUUGUCCUGGGCCUGCACUACACUGGAAAAAAAUACCACCACCUGUUCUUAAUACCAGUAUUUGAGUCUGGCCCAUGGCAGGGGAGGGACAGAGGAGUCAGGCUAAAGUGCGUAAUAGAGCAGUGGGCAGGGGAGAUGCACCUGCAGGGAAGAGGGUGUUGCCGUGGGCCAUCCUCUUUCUAUCUCUUUACAGCAUAUUGGUAAGGCUUUAGUUUUACUUUGUACUGUUUUGCUGUUUACCUUCCUUAACAAUUUUUUUUCCUUGAGAGUCUAAAACAGAAAAUAUGGUGUUUUUUCCCUCCUGUUCUGGGGCUACAUUUUUUAAUUGUAAAAAUAUUUGAUGGCCUUUGAUGAAUGUCUUCCAUAGUGAAUAAGAAAACCUAGUGGCUUAAUCUAGGAAACAUGUUAACAAGACACUGUUUUUGAAAUUGUAACAAAAUCUACAUAAAUGAUUUACAGGUACAAAGAAUAAAAAUAAAGGUAACUUUACCUUUCUUAAAUACUUCCUGCCUUAAGGAGCAUUUCCAUGACUAGCUGGUGAAAGGGUUUAAUAUCUGCAGAGCUUUAUAACAUAGACUUCAGCGCAUACUGGUCUAGGUAGAUGGUCACACAGUGAGUCCUGUCACACCACUUUGUUGGUCCUCUAUGUCUUCAGUCCGAACAACUCACUUGGUAAUAGUUGCAGCCCUCGGGUUUCUUUACGCAGAUGCUCUUGCUGUGUUCCUCAUAGGAUCCAAGCCAUAAAAUUCUUUAUGCAUGUCAGAAUUAGUCAGGAUUGACCCAGACCUUGCUUAUUUAAAUUGUAAUUGAAGUGAGAUGGGAAGAAAUUUUAACAGUGAGCGAAAAUAGAACCCUCUUGAGGGGCUGGAGAUAUGACUCAGCAGUUAAGAACACUAGCUACUUUUCCAGAGGUUCUGAGUUCAAUUCCCAGCCACCCCCAUGGUAGCUCACAUCUAUAAACGGUAGUCUCAUUAGAUCAGAUGCUCUCUUGUAUGCAUAUGUGCAGACAAAUCAUCAACAUACAUAAUAAAAAUCUUAGAACAAAUAAAAAAAAACACAGCCAUGACAGAUGAUGGGAAAUACUGCCUUUCAGUUGUGGCAUAAAGUCCAUCUUGGACAGAGAAGUUUUUUAUCAUUUAAGUGAUCACUCCUGAUUCUCUGACUGUAGCAGCAUCUUGAGAACUUCAUUAUUGUAGCAGUAAAUUAGGAGCUGCAGUAAUGAUUAAGAAUGUUCUUCAUUCUUUGAGAGUUUGUGGUAUUUAAAAAAAUAGAACCUCCCCAAAAAACCUAUGGAAAUGCAUAUAGGAAUCAUUUCAGAUUGCAAAUGGCUUGAGCUACUCUGAUAUUUGUUUCCAAAUGUGUUUACUAACUAUAGCAUUGACUGCCUGGCCAAAUUCCAAUAAAACUUUUACACUAAAUGAUUCCUUCUUAGCCCUAGUUGCUAGUAAUAUGUGCACUGUGACCACCCCAUAAACUGUUAAACUGUUUCAUGUAAUUACUGCCAGCAAUAGUGGCAAAUAUUGCAAUGUUUUUGUGUAGAAUGUAUUAACUGUACACUUCCAUCUGCACAAAUAUAUAGCUUUUCUAUCACAACAUUGAUUAAGUGAAAUUGAUCAUGGUGUGGCAAGUUUAUUAAUAGAAACUUUCAUAAAUGGAUAUCCCUACUAUGACUGUGAAAACAUGUCAGGUGUCACAUGAGUGUCACAGACAGAAAGCACAUGCCUAUGCAAUAUGGCCUACUCUGUAUUUAUUUGUAAAAACUGAAGCAUAAUUUAAAGUGUAUGUCAAUACUGGUUUGAGUUUCUAAGAGAGUUGUUCAUGCUUGUACCAGGUAAGUAUGUAAAAAAAAAGAUUAAGUGCUUUUUCUUUCAUUACUUGAUUAUUUUCUUUAAAAUCAGCUAUUACGGGAUAUUUUUUAUUUUCUACAUGCUGUUUUUUAAUUAAUAUGUACUCACUGAACUGAAGUUUACUAAAUUUGUUUUAUAAGGUUUGUAGUGUUACAGAAUAACUGGGAUUUAUAAACCAGCUGUGAUUAACAAUGUAUUAAUUACUGAACUUGAACCAGACCAUUAGAAAAAUUAUGUUAUUUCUUCCCCUUAUAUGCUCUUAAAAUUUUUUUCCUCCAUACUGUUUUUGAGAUAGUUUGAGAUUUGAGGAUAGGAUGCAUGUAUGAGACUCCAUAAAUUCAACAUUCUGUACUAUAGGUGACAACUAUAAACAAAAUGUAUCUUAGCAUUAAUAUCUUGAGCCUUGAACAUAUUUAAUACAGGACCAUUUUAGAAAUAUUCGGUUAGUUAUAUAUAUUCCUAGCUUACAAGGGCUAGAUCUAAGAUUAUUCUCAAGAGAAAUGUUGAAUUUAUGAAGAAUGGAUUUUGAGGCUUUGAAAAUGAAAAUGGUUAGUAUCUCAAAAUAUGUCAGUAUCCAAACAUCUGUAGUUUUGUCCCAGGAGCAGACAUUAGCUAGCUGGACAAACAGCAGUGAUAUUUGUCACACAGGGCCUAUGGUUUGUUGCUGAACAAUAUAAUACUUUUCUCGUGUGACUCAACACUAUAGCACAAGUAUUAUUUUCCUGGAUUCUCUGGAGGAGCAUCUAAAAGACGGGUUUCUGACAGUGUUUGCUCUUUAAACUAUGUCUUCUUCUACCCCAAGUUGGCUUUGCAUCUUUCACAUAAGUUCUUUAGCUGCCUUAUUAGGAGUUCUAUGAGGGCAACACCUUUUCUGCUUUUCAUCUUGUAUUUAGUUUACUGUGUUAAAAUAUUUGAUUUCAGAUUGAAUGAAUGUAAAUAGAAAGAAAUUAAAUGAAAUUUGAAUGAACAUAAAAUAGAAGUGAUUUUUUUAUUACCUGAGAGAAAAAAAUUUAGUAUACAUAUUUACUAUAGUAUACAUAACCAAUGUACAAUUUUUCAUUAACAUGUUAGAUAUGUUCAUGUUAUCAUAUUUAAUAAACUACUUUUGUAUGAGAAAUGACAGUUAUAAAACUUUCUCCCAAGAUAUUAGAGCUAUUUAAAUAUAUAACAAAUUUUAGUGGUCACUUUAUGUAUUAAAAUUACAGAUUCUUGUUAAUUUUAAAUAUACUUGAAUUGUUUGCUUUUAAAAAUCUUCAUGCAACAAGCUAUAUGGAAUCUAGCGUCACAUAAAAAUAGCGGGAAUACUUUCUUGUAUUAAUAAUCAACAGCUAGCUUUGAUAAUGUAACAUUCAUGUGCAAAAUAAUUGUAAAAAAAAUUUAGCAAAUAUGUCAGAUGGCUCCACAGUUAAGAGCAACGCUGUGCCUUGCAGGGGCAUUACAAAAUAAAUUUGAAAAACAAAAAAAAAUCACCCAUCUCGCCACAUUUAGUGGUGUCUGCCUUUAAUCCCAGCACUCAAGAGGCAGAGGUAAGCAGAUUUCUGUGUUUAAAGCUAGGCUGGUCUACAAAGCUGAUCUACAGGACAGUGAGGGCUGUACAGAAACCCAACCUUGAAAAAACUGAAAAGCAAAAACUAAAAGUGUCUCUAGCAAGGCGUUAUAAUCUCAGUCCCUGGUGGUUGGUAGCAUCUCUCCCUUCCCUUCCCUCCCCUCUCUCUUGGGACAUUUAUUUUUAUGUGUAUAGGUAUUUGCCUGCAUGUGUCUGUAUCAUGUGUGCAGGGCUCAAAGAAGCCAGAAGAGGGCAUCAGAUCUGGAACUGGAGUUAAGAUGGCUGUUAGCUGCUAUGUGGGUAGUGGAGUUCAACGCCAGGCCUCUGGAGCAGUGCUCUUAACUGCUGAGCCAUUGCUCUGCUCCCAGCAGCACUUCCUAAUGUGGGUACAGUGAUUGUUUUAGAGAGUAUGACCUGAAUUCACAAAAUUAGCCCUCUCCUCUGAGGUGAAAGCAAAGAGGACAGAAGCAAGAGAAAUGCUUCAGUUCAUUACUGAUAAUGAAUACCACAACAUUCUUACAUUUUCUGUUUUUUUUUGUUUUGAGACAAGAUCUCUUUAUGUAGCUCUACGUGGUCUGGAACUUACUAUGUAGACCAGGCUAUCCUUGAACUCAAGAGAUCGGUCUGCCUUUAUUUCUCAAGGCCUGUGAUCAAAGGUAUGCACCACCACAUCUGGUGUCAAUUUUAACAUUUUUUCAAUUUAAAAUAGUCUGUCAUGUGUGUACAUUCAUUCCUACAUGUGAGGUCAAAGAACGACUUUCAGGAGUUGGCUCACUUCUUUCAUUAGUUCUAGAGACCAAAUUUAAGUCGUCCAGUGUGGCAGCAAGUGCCUGUACACACUGCACUAGCCCCAUCACAUUCCCCUGCCCUCUAUCCCUGCAAGACAGGGUUUUUCUCUAUAGCCUGUCCUGUCCUAUCCUGUAACUUGCUCUGUAGACCAGGUGGGUAUCAAACUCUGGCCCACCUGCUUCUGUCUUUUAAGUGCUGGGAUUAAAGUAUUUGCUACUACUUACUGCCCUUUUCGAUUUUUGACUAAUACCCUUCUGAAAAAAGCCCAUCAUAGUCUUCUACAGACUUACUUUAUUAUUUAAUCAUAUUAAAAAGCCAAGGUGCCUGAACAGCUAUUAGGUAAGAAGCUGUGAUAAGUGGUGUAAGACGGCUGAGUGUAUUAGUUUUGAAUAGGAAGUAAUUUGAUUUUCACAGCCAAAUUUUAACCACAAAUUGCUUUCUCUCCUUUAUCCCUUGUACGUUUAAAACAACAAAGCCAGGAAGAUGAUUUAACGUAUUUAGCAGUAAUUCUCAAUAGGUAAGGAGUGUGUAUGUUUGUGUAUAAUAGAUUAUAUUUGUGUGUACAGAUAUACACACACACACACAUACAAUAUACACAUAUAUAGAGUGACUGAAUACCCGUGUGCUGAUUUAGUCUCUCUUUAAAUUUUAAUUUUAGUCAGGUGGUGGUGGCACAUGCUUUUAAUCCCAGCAUUCAGCAUAAACUUUGGUCCUGGAAGAGCAGUACAUGUUCUAAUGUGCUGAGCCAUCUUUAGCCUGUCUUACACUGCAAGUUUGUUUUCGCUUCAACUUCUCCUUCCCACUUUCAUUUCCUUGUUGCUGAUGAUAAAUGAGGAGACGCCUUAGUAGCAGCCCUUUAGACAUGGGAAAGACUUCAGCUGCUCAGAGGAAACGUGAGGAAAGAUAAAGUGCUCCAUUACUUUCCUUCAUGCAGAAAUCAGCUGGAGAUGACCAGCACCAAUGCUCUGGCUCCCCCCAGUGAAAGUUGCUGUUUUCCCAAUUUCUCCUCCAUAUAGAACUCAGCCAGGACACAGUGCACACUAAGCAGGCUCCACCACAGCCUUGAGUGCAAGCUUUCCCAUCUUUACCGAUGGUGAUGGUAAAACUUGUGAGCUACAUCCCCAGCCCACAUUCAAAUCACUUUGUCAUUUCAAGCUAUUACGUGGUAUUACACAAAACACAAGGCAGCUAAUGGCAAGGAGCACUUAACAGGUCCACCAGGUGAAUGGAUCUAAGUCAUUUAUUCUCACUGAUUACUAGUCAUAGAGCAUAAUACAGUAUUAAAAUAUAUCAUCCUCAGUAAAUCUUCACUUAGAAAAUGUGUUAUAGGUAAAAUAUAGCAUUUAGAACUUUCAUUUAAAAAUACAAUUUUAUGAAAAAUUUAAGCAUUUUUAGAAUGGGAAUUAUAAAAGUCUGAAAAUUGUUUCAGAUACAUUUUAAAAUACUAUGCAGAAUCUUUAUUCUGAGAACCAUGUCAGGAAACAGUACCCGAACCCCUUUAAAAUGGCUAGUUCUAGUUUCUAAUUGCUGUUUUGGUAUUAUUAAUAAGAAACCACAUUUCCAAUAUAACACUGCAAUUAUCUGUCAAAUAAGUGGAAUAAAUGUUGCAUAUUCUUAAGGUGAAUAUAUAGUUUAAAAAUGCAGGGCUCUUGCACUUAAUCUUUUGAGAAACUGAACUACAAACAUGUCUUGUGAUACCCUAAAACCAUUUUUCUACUCCUGGGAAGACAAUUUGUUUUCUACUGCUGGAGACAAAUUACCUUUAUCAAUGCCUUUAUCAAUAGUUACCAAACCAGAUAAAAUUAGUGUCUUGAGGCCUUAACAGUUUGUACAACUCAGUACAUCUGAAGGUGAGAUGAAGUGGCCCCAUCUUUCCAUUUGUUUAUACGUUCUGAAAUCACAGUUCUGCACAGGGGACAUGUUUUCUCUCUGUUAAACCAUAAGGUAAUACAUUCUUCACAGAAUAUAUGCUG